AUGCGUUACGUCCUCGUCUCCGGCGGAGUUAUCUCUGGCGUGGGGAAGGGCAUCAUCGCCUCAUCCACUGGUCUGCUUCUGAAGACACUCGGAUUGAGGGUCAGCUGCGUCAAAAUCGACCCCUAUGUGUCGGUCGAUGCAGGCCUGAUGGCCCCCGCAGAGCACGGUGAAUGCUUCGUUCUGCAAUCCGGUUCCGAAGUCGAUUUGGAUCUCGGGAAUUACGAAAGGUACCUGGCCUUGACCCUUGCCGGCGAUAACAACAUCACCACUGGCAAGAUCUACCAACAUGUCAUCCAAAAGGAGCGUCGAGGCGAUUAUCUUGGAAAAACUGUCCAGAUCGUUCCUCACGUCACGAACGCGAUCAAAGACUGGAUCAAGCGCGUCGCCAAAGUCCCCGUUGAUGGAUCGAGCGAGGAACCUGACGUGUGCAUCAUCGAGUUAGGAGGCACAGUUGGUGACAUUGAGAGCAUGCCCUUUGUCGAGGCGUUGACUCAACUGCGUCACGAAGCCGGCCCAAGGAACUUCAUGAACAUCCACGUCUCCUACGUUCCCACCAUUCACGGAGAGCAGAAGACGAAGCCUACCCAACAUGCGGUCAAGUCUGUUCGCAGCUACGGUCUCAUCCCCGACCUUCCUCUCGCGGACAGCACCCUUGCAAAGCUAGCACUGCACUGCCAGGUGGAGCUGGACCAGAUCCUUGUCGUUCGGGACAUGCCCACGGUCUACCAAGUCCCCCUGCUCUUGGAGGAGCAGAAGAUCAUCCCUCUUCUCCGGAGCAGGCUUAACCUAGAUGCUCUGACCAUCUCGCCCGCGAACAUUUCCAGCGGCGCUGAGCUUUGGGACACAUGGAAGUUCGUGGUCACUCAGGAGCAUGAAGCGACCAUCAAUAUUGCGCUGGUCGGCAAGUACGUGGAAACACAUGACGCCUACCUGUCCGUGGUCAAGUCUCUUGAGCACUCUUCGAUGCACUUGCGACGGAAGCUCAACCUGAUUUGGGUCGAUGCUGAGCACCUCGAGCCCAAGACGAAGUCGACCGACGGGGAGAAAUACAACGAAGCAUGGCAGGCAGUGCGCACCGCCUCGGGUGUCAUUGUUCCAGGAGGCUUCGGAACACGAGGCACAGAGGGCAUGAUGCUGGCCUCCAAAUUCGCCAGGGAGAAUGGCACACCCUUCCUGGGAGUUUGCCUGGGGUUCCAAACCGCUGCUAUACAGUACGCGCGAGACAUCUGUGGCAUGGCAGAGGCCAACUCGGAAGAGUUUCAUUCCUUGGCGAAAGACUGCGUCGUCAUUUCUAUGCCCGAGCUCGACAAGCACAAUAUGGGAGGCACAAUGCGUCUCGGGUCUAGGAAGACGAUCUUCCAGGAGGGUAGCGAAUGGGCAAAGAUUCGUGCCCUAUACGGUGGCGGGGUUGAAAUUGAGGAGAGACAUCGUCACCGGUACGAAGUCAAUCCCGCGUAUAUUCACCGCCUGGAGACAGCUGGUUUGCACUUUGUCGGAAAGGACGAGACAGGCCAGCGUAUGGAGAUCUUCGAACUGAAAGACCACUCAUACUUCGUUGGCACACAAUUCCAUGCUGAAUACCAGUCCAAGGUGCUCAACCCAAGCAGCCCCUACCUGGGCUUUAUUGCCGCAAGUGCUGGACUCCUCGAAAAGGUUCUGAAGGAGGGCCUUGCGCGGGCCUCCAAGCUCACAAAUGGUGUCAAUGGGGCUCACCAUUUCUGA